AUGCGCAACUUGUCGCUUUGGCGGUCAAAUCAUUCAUCGCUCCGUCCGCCACUUGGCUUCGAUUCUCCUCCUCAAGACCAUAGUAUCAGCACGGUCGCUGUUGGUCCCGAUCAAGAUGCCAUUUAUAUCGCGUCCGAGUCGAGAAGGGGAGCUGCAAACGCUGACAUAGAAAUCUGGAGAGUAGGAUCUAUAGCCGUUGAGAACAGUCAGGCUACGGCACGUCUCGCCGUAUUCUCACCGACCGCAAUUGUGUCAAAUCCCUGGUCUGGCACACCUACACAGGCGACUGACAGUGCACCUGAAGUCACAAGCCUGCGAUUGCUCCCAGACUCACGCACGCUUGUGCUGAUCACUCACACUGGCGACAUUGCAACGCUACAAGUGGACGACGUCGAGCCACAGUUUGAUGUUGUCGGAUCAGUUGAUGCUGGGAUACUGGCCGCAGAAUGGGGGCCCGAUGAUUCGCUCUUGGUUUUAGUGACCGGAGACGAUAAGUUGAUCUUGAUGAGUGCGAUGUUUGACUUGCUUUGCGAGGGACCGCUUCAUCCACCCGAAUUCGGAGAAGAUGCUCCUAUUACGCUGGGUUGGGGCGCGAAGCAUACCCAAUUCCACGGUUCGUUGGGGAAAAGUGCAGCUCAUGCCGGGCUUGACGUGUCCACCGUCGGAAUGAGUCCGGAUGACGACCAUAAGCCACGUAUUAGUUGGCGAGGAGACGGAGCAUUCUUCGUGGUAUCAACUGUGUUACCGCCCUUGGGAGAAAACACGUGUCAGCGCCGCAUCCUCCGCAUUUACAGCCGCGAAGGGACCCUCUCUAGUACCGCUGAACCCAUUGCAGGGUUAGAACAUACGCUUUCAUGGCGACCCUCGGGAAACCUCAUGGUCGGCACGCAGCGCUUUGGUUCGGUCGACGGGCUAGCAAAAGGACGUGAAGGACGGCAUGACGUGGUGUUUUUCGAGAGGAAUGGCUUGAGACACGGCGAGUUCAGCUUGCGCGAGACGGAAGCGAGGCUGAACGGGCCAUUUGACUCGGAGAUUGGCUUGGUCGGGAGAUGGGGUUACAGGGUCAAGGAGGUAGGGUGGAGCGCAGAUUCAAACGUGCUGAGCGUGUGGAUCGAAGGUGAAGAAGGCGAUGUUGUGCAACUGUGGACAAUUGGCAACUAUCAUUGGUAUCUCAAGCAAGAGAUUCCAGCCCCUUCCACUUCAUCUGGUGAACAUGGACGGUUUACGUCCAUCAGAUGGCAUCCUGAAGACCCCUUGAAGAUCAUCUUGACGACGUCUUCAGAAGUCUUUCAGCGUACGUACGCAUGGGAGAUAUAUUCGUCAGCCGCAAGUCCCCCAAAAGACACUGGAUCAGUCGCUGUUUCAGAUGGAGCCAGCAUCCUACUAACAGCUUUCCGGAGUCAGAACGUCCCUCCUCCUAUGUCGUCCUGCGCACUUACCUUGUCAACGCUGCCGGGACUAUCUCUUUCGUCCGGCAUGAGACGCCUGCCAGCACCUAUCCACGCCUCGUUCUCUCCUAUGCGAGACCUACUCGCUAUUCUCUGGGAGUCUGGUCACGUCGAGCUCGUGGACUUGCGCACUCGCAUCGGGCCCGGCUGUGGCAAAGUCAUGGAUCCGACCCAUCUAUGGGGAGGUAUCCUGGUCAAUAAGGAUAUGGGAGCAGUUGCCAGGCCCUCUCGUCAGGUGUUCAUUUGGCGUGCUCGGAACGAGGUCGCUCCGACAGAGGGUCAGGAUGAAGUGGUUCAUCUCGCUGUGCUGACAUCGUACUUGAGUGAGGAUGGACCUGAUGGUAUCUAUAUGGCCACAGUCCAAGGUGGCACUGCUGUGGACAAGGUAGAGAUUGCAAUGCCGGAUCGCAACGGCAGGUUAAUCAAUGCGGAAGAAGGGGUUGUAUGGCAGUCACCAAGCGGCGACCUUUUCUACGUUGAUCUUGAGGCACAGUCACCCUCGCCUGUGGCAUCCUUCCCAGAGUUCUGUUUCACUGCAAUGCAGGUUCUUGUCCCGGAUAUGGGAGCAUUGAGCAAGGACCAAGCUAGUAGCUCAGUGCUGUUCAUCGGCCUGACUAAUAAUGGCAAGCUGAGCGUCGUCACGGAAGGAGGUACUGCACGCGGCUUGGCCUCGAAUGCCACGUCCUUCACCGUUGCCUCGGGCUUUUUGAUAUUCACCAGUACUGCCCAUGUCGCGCAGUUUGCACCUCUUCGUGAACUCGUCCCGCUAUGCCGUCCGUCGUCCGACGAUUCGGGCGCUGCGUCGCUGCCAGAGUGGGAAAAGAGGAGAGUGGAACGAGGUUCGAGGAUUGUCACUGCUGUGCCCAGCACGAUGAGCUUAGUGCUCCAGAUGCCUCGCGGGAACUUGGAGACGGUUAAUCCACGGCCGCUUGUUAUGGAGAUCGUACGACAAGACAUCGAUCAGCAUCGAUACGGCAAGGCAUUCCUAGCAUGCCGCAAGCAUCGGAUUGACCUGAACGUUAUCGUUGAUCAUAAUCGCGAUGCAUUCAAAAUCCACCUUGAGUCCUUUGUCGAACAGGUGGACGACGUCGACUAUAUAAACCUUUUUUUGACAAGCCUCGGUCAAGGUUCUUUGCCUACCGAUCUGAUUGGGGAAUUGUGCGAUGGCAUUCGCGCUGUCCUGGAAAAGAGAGAUAUGAAGAAAUACAUCAGCUCUAUUCUCACCGCUGACGUGGUCAAGAGACCGCCUGACCACGAAGCAGCGUUAUCGCUUCUUCUGCGCUUGCGAGAUAGCGAGCCGCAACUUGUGGAGGAUGCCGUCAAAUAUAUCAUCUUCCUUGUAGAUGCUGAUAGACUUUUUGACACUGCUCUCGGCAUGUACGACUUCUCACUGGUGCUCAUGAUUGCACAGCACGCGCAAAAGGAUCCUCGAGAGUAUCUUCCUUUCCUUCGUGAGCUGCGUGCCCUCGAUCAUUUCUAUCAGAGGUUCCGGAUAGACGAUCACCUGAAGCGGCACAGCAAGGCGUUGCGAAAUCUCAGUCGAGCAGGCUCGGAACGGUUUGACGAAGCAAUGCAAUAUGUCGAGAAACACAAGCUAUACGAAGAUGCAUUAGCUAUCUGGCGAGAUACAGAUCGGUACCAGGAUGUUCUUAGUGUCUACGGCGAAUGGCUCUUUGAACGCAGAGAGUUCAAAGAAGCGGCUUUCGUAUUCCGGCAAUCCGGUCGGAAUGAGAAGGCCAUGAUCGCCUAUGAGAAGUCGCUCGAUUGGCAAGACCUAUUUGAGCUGGCAUUGCAGGAGAAAAUCUCAAAGGAAGGCAUUUCUGAGCUGGCGUAUCGCGUUGCAGAGGAUCUGUCCUCAAAGAAACGAUACUCUGAUGCAGCACGAGUACUGCUGGACUACGCUCAUGACACAAAAGAGGCUAUUAAGGCUCUCGUGGAGGGGAGCUACUUCUCCGAUGCUCGUCGUAUUCUCGUACUGAGUUCUCGACCGGAACUCCUUGAAGAGAUCAUCUAUCCGGGAAUCCUUGAUUGCAGGGCGCAGAUCACUGAAGAUCUGAACGAGAUGAAAGACCAGCUACGAAAACAGGUGCAACGUAUACGCGAACUCCGUAUUAAAAAGACAGAAGAGCCGGACGCAUUCUAUGGUGUCGAAGAUAUAGAUCUGCACAAUGUGGAUGUCAUGACGGACGUAUCGAUGGCGCCGACCGCGUUUACGCGAUACACGCAAGCACCGAGUAGCGUUUCUCGCACGUCUUCGAAACGAAGCUCACGGUCGAAGAGGAAGCUCGAGCGAAAGGUUGGUUCAGGACGGAAAGGCACAGUGGACGAAGAGGAAUAUUUGCUCAAGUCCGUCACUAAACUUGUGGGGCGGUUCAACACCACGCAAGCUGACGCGGCGAACAUCAUCCCUCAUCUAUUGCAGUUCACAGAGGAACAUCGGGCUGAGGGCCGGGCGUUGCAGGACGAGCUGAGCGAGUUUGAGUGCGCGCUUCGAGCUGCACUAGAUGAGGUAUGGACAAAGGCAUCUGGCGCCGAGGGCGAGACCGAGGACAGCUGGGCAGCGCGGAUGCAAGAGUACGAAAAGCAGAGGCACGUCGACCCGCUUGAAAAAGUUGCCAAACCGGAGGUGGGCAAGCAAGAAUGGAAGUUGAGAUUACCGGCGAGUAAUUGA